AUGGUAUGGCGGCGACCUUUUAGUGAUCGCCCUGCUGUAUCCAGCACUGUGGUCGAAGGCCAUACGGUCUAUUCGUCAACUUCUCGCGGACAGUAUAUCAGCGAAAAAGGAGGAAACGAUGCGCCGCCCACAUACCAAGAUGCCUCUGGCGCUCCCAUCGAGAGCGAUUCGCCCUUGGGAUACUCUGUCGGCCCCGCUACGAUUACAUUACUGAACAUCACAAUGAUGAUCGGCGCUGGAAUCUACUCCACACCAUCAUCUAUUCUCUCCGGUACUGGAUCGGUUGGCGUCAGCCUCAUUUAUUGGACCCUGGGUUACCUUAUUUGUCUCACUUCGGGGGCCGUGUAUCUUGAAUAUACUGCAUAUUUUCCCAGUCGAUCAGGCUCGGAAGUGGUUUUCCUCGAACAAGCUUUUCCCAGUCCGAAGUGGCUGUUCCCAACCACAUUUGCGGUCCAGAGUGUUAUUCUCUCGUUUGGAAGUGCCAAUGCUACCGUCAUGGCCAAAUAUCUCAUCGCCAUAUCGGGACACACGGGAACCAACUGGCAAAUCAAAGGCACUGCUCUAGCUUGUUACAGUCUUGCUACCUUGACUUUGGUUUUCAACACAAAAUAUGCUUACUGGUUCUCCAAUGCUGUUGGUCUUGUAAAAAUUGGGACACUUCUAUUCGUUAUAGUGACUGGCUUUGUUGUUUUGGGCGGCAAUACCAAGGUUGAGAAUCCCAAGGCCAAUUUCCAAGAUGUGUGGUCAGGCAGCUCCACAGCUUCCGCAUACGGCUUCACCACUGCGUUGUACCGUAUCAUAUUUUCCUAUGGUGGUUAUAAUAAUGCCUUCAACGUGGCCAAUGAGGUCAAGAAUCCCGUCAGGUCAUUGAAGAUCUACGCCACCACCGCUCUUACGACAGUUUAUGUUUUAUACAUGUUCGCAAAUGUUGCUUUCUUUGCUGCCAUUCCGAAGGACGAGAUAGAAAGCUCUGACCUCACGACCGCUGGUCUAUUUUUCGAGAAAGUCUUCGGUGACAACGGUGCAGUUCGCGGUCUCAACUUUCUCAUUGCGUUGGCUUCGUUCGGUAACAUGAUAGCCGUGAUCAUCGGUCUUUCCCGGCGAAUCAGAGAAUGUGGCCGACAGGGAGUUCUGCCUUGGACGCCUUUCUGGGUCUCUACCAAGCCCUUCGGCACACCUUUGGGUCCCUACGCCGUCAUUUGGUCUUUAACGGCGCUGAUGAUCUUAGCGAUUCCAUCCGGAGACGCGUUCACUUUUGUUAAUGACUUGAACAUCAUCCCUACUGCUGCAUUCAACCUUGCAAUGGCUCUGGGUAUUUAUAUUGUUCGCUGGCGCCGAAAGGAGGCGAAUCUCCCGGAGCCCGAAUUUAAGGCCUGGAAUGUCGUGAUUCUAUUCAACAUUUUGAUCCAGCUAUACCUACUUGUCAUGCCCUGGUAUCCACCCAAAGGUGGCCAGUACGCUGGUGAUGUCAGCUUUUGGUAUGCAACAUCCGCAGUGACGGGAAUCGCAAUUCUGCUUGCAUGUGGCACCUAUUACUGGUUUUGGGCCUUCCUGAUCCCCAAGUGGAGGGGCUAUAAGCUGCGACAGGAACUUCUCAACUUGGAUGGCGGUGUUCAGAGCAACCAACUUAGGAAAAUUCCUAAUUCUGAAUUGGCCCAAUGGGACGCGACGCACGAUGCGGCUGGCUGUCUCAUUGAGUCAGUAUUUGAGGAGAUUCAAGUACAAGGGAAAGCUAGCGAGACUCCCUCGAACCACAGCAGUACAUAUGUGUACGGGUCAAAGAAGUCCAAUGGCGCUCCGGACGUUUAG